GGCGGGGCCUCUUCGGCCUGAGGCGCGGGGUCUCGGCUGCCGGAGGAGAAAGAUGGCGUCGCCGAGGCUGGGAGUGGGGUCGCGCGGGCUCCCGCAGCCGCAGCUCCCGGUGCUGCUGCUGCUGCUGCUCGUGCUGCUCGGACCCUGGCCUGCGGCGGGCCACGGCGGCAAGUACUCCCGGGAGAAGAAUGAGCCCGAGCUGCCGCCGAAGCGCGAGCCCGGCGGGGAGUUCCGCAUGGAGAAGCUCGACCAGCUGUGGGAGAAGGCGCAGCGGCUUCAGCUUUCUCCCGUGAAACUGUCCGAGCUCCACGCCGACCUGAAGAUGCAGGAAAGGGAUGAGUUCGCCUGGAAGAAGCUGAAGGCCGAGGGCCUCGACGAAGAUGGAGAGAAGCAGGCCAAACUCACACGCAGCCUCAGCGUGAUCCUGGCCAAGUACGGCCUGGACGGGAGGAAGGACACCCGGGCCGUGAGCAGCAACUCCCUCAGUGACCCCGCCGAGGAGGACAGCCUGGAGGACCCCAGGCUGGAGAAGCUGUGGCACAAGGCGAAGACCUCGGGGAAGUUCUCCAGCGAGGAGCUGGACAAGCUGCGGCGGGAGUUCCAGCACCACAAGGAGAAAGUGCGCGAGUACAACGUCCUGCUGGAGACGCUGAGCAGGACCGAAGAAAUCCAGGAGAACGUCAUCAGCCCCUUGGACGUGAGCCGCGUCAAGGAGGACGUGCUGCACAGCAAGCACGCAGAGCUCAAGGACCGGCUGCGCGGCAUCCACCAGGGUUACGACCGCCUGCGCAGGGUCAGCCACCAGGGCUACGGCACUGAGGCCGAGUUCGAGGAACCCCGAGUGAUCGAUCUGUGGGACCUGGCCAAGUCCGCCAACUUCACUGAGAAGGAGCUGGAGUCCAUCCGGGAGGAGCUUAAGCACUUUGAAGCCAAAAUUGAAAAGCAUAAUCAUUACCAGAAGCAGCUGGAAAUCUCUCACCAGAAACUGAAACACGUGGAGAGCUUCGGGGACCGAGAGCACGUGAGCCGGAACAAGGAGAAGUACGCCAUGCUGGAGGAGAAGACCAAGGAGCUGGGCUACAAGGUGAAGAAGCACUUACAGGACCUGUCAGGCCGCAUCUCGAGAGCUCGCCACCAGGAGCUCUGAGGGCCGCGGGAGCCGCCCGCGGGAGGAAGCGGCCACCAGGGCGGGUGGGGGGGGGCGCUGCCUGAGGACGGCCCGGCUGCUCUGGGGCGGCGUUGGACACGAACAGGACCUUGGGGGAGGCGUGAUGGGGAUCGGCCGGGCACCCUUCGUGCGGGAGGACUGGUCCGAUUCCCCGCGUGCCUGGUGCACCGGGCCUCAGACACGCGGGGAGCUGCCGCUGGAAGUAUUGUGUCUUUAAAAACACGUCACACCAUUUAAAUGGUCAGUGAUCUGACCUGUCCCUCAGCGGUCUCUCUGCGCCUUGCUUUUCUUCCACCCCUGCACCCCACUCCCCGUCUUCUCUGCUGCGUGAUGGGGGCCACAGUCCCCCUGGUUUGACACCUGGGAGCAGUGUGGAGUUAACCGGGGAGAGGGGUGACCUCUGGCCCAGCUGCCAUCUCCCUGACUGCUUCUGAGCUCGGGCUUGGGGAGAGCCCCACAGGCCCGGCGGUCUCCGUGUCCUGAAAAAGUGGCUGAUUGUCUCACUGAGGUGUGACAGUCCCACGGGGACCCAUCUCUGCCUCCGCCGCAGGUCGUCGUGUGGGGGUCUGACACCGUUCCCAGGUUUGAACCUGGAAGAGGCUUGACCGCAGCGCUGCACCCAGCCUCAGCCACAUCCAGGCCUCAGCCGGCAUGCUGGGAUCCACCAGGCACAGAUACCGCAUGAGCCAUUUUGCUAAGAAGAAUCAAGUCCAGGGGGGGCGUGCUAGGACUUCUGUGCCGGGAUGUGGUGAAACCAAGCAGGGAGGUGGCCCCCUCCUCCCUGGGCCACUGGGCACGGGGCAGGCCGUCCUGCCAUGCUGCCCAGCUCAGGAGCCUCGCCCUGGGCCUCCACGUCAUGCCCGCCACUGACCCGGCGCGCUGGUGUGUCCCUCGCGGCAUGCCAUAGCGCGGCUGUGGCCAGGCCUGACAGGGCAGGGUGACAACCACUCUGGUGGCCAGGGGCCAGAUGGGUUCGUCACCGGGCUUCUGCAGAGCUGCCUGUGGGGGUCCAAGCUCUGGGCCAUGCACUGCUGUUCUCUGAGUGCCCCUGUGUGAGGUGCAAGGCCUGGAAGGAGGUCAGGCCCAGGACAGGGAGGCAAACAGAAUAGGGCACUUGAUUCAGUUUACCAUCGCAGGAACUGACCACUAGAGGGAGCUCUUGGCCUUAAGACGUGCCAGAGAGCCAGAUGUGUCUUCAUGACUUGUCAUUGCCUCCGCCACUGGAGGCAGCAGGUACAGGGGCGGCCCCCCAAGCCAGGGGCCAGUGGCCACAUUGCUUUCAGAUUCUAAGUGAUCUCUGUAAAGUAAAACAGUCAUGAUAGGGCAUGAAACGCCCACGGCUCAGUGAGUCCUGAGUGAGUGCCUGCAGCCCACCCCCAGGUUGACAAGUAGAGAUUGCCCGGGUCCCAGGAUACCCCCACGCUCCUCUCUCUACAGCUGACCGCUCGGCUUGUGUCCCCCCAAAUUCAUACACUGGAACCCAGUUCCCAUGGUGAGGGUGUCAGCAUUGGGACCUCUGGGUUAUCAGAUCAGGAUGGGGCCCGCAAAUGGGAUCAGCGUCCUAAGAGAAGGCCGCAGAGAGCUCGCCGGCCUCCGCAGGUGGGAGCGCUCGGCUGCAAGUCCGCGCCCGCCCGUGAUCACUCCAGCCUCCAGGACGGAGAAGAGUGCUGCUGGGCCGCCCCCCAGCUGAGUGUUGACGCUGCCUGUUCCUGACUCAGGCUGCAUUUCCUUUGUGACAGACGUGAAGUGGCAGCACACAGUUGCAUCAUUGGGGCGGGGAGGGCGUCCGGCUUCUAGUCGGGGUGUUGGGAUUCCGCCCCGUGGCGGAGACCUGCGGCUCUGCAUUGCCGGUAGCA